AUUCCAGUCAUGGGACUCCAUUAUGACAGGAAAUUCUUCCGAAACCCCGAGAAAUUCGACCCGGAGCACUUCUCUGAGGAGCAGAAGGCAUCCAGGCACCCCUACUGCUAUCUACCCUUUGGCGAAGGGCCACGCAUCUGCAUUGGGAUGCGUUUUGGGUUGAUGCAGGUGAAGGUGGCGCUGGUACAUCUGCUGUCGAAAUUUGACUUUCUGCCCGUCGGAGACAAGCAGUCGAAGCUACGCAUGGCUCCAAACAACAUCUUGUUGACACCAAUUGGCGGAAUCGACCUGAGGGUGGAACGUCGACGAAUGGCUGCGUGCUGAAGAUGAGGCUGAAAUUGAAACUGAAGCUACGUUACAAAGCUGAGCAAGACCGUCUGCACACCCUCCACUCUCAUCCCUUGAGAACCGGAUCCCACAAAUAACCCUGUGCCGUGACGGAAAAUUAAUGCCAUUUUAUUCAUGACACUGAGAUGUUACAAGCUGCCAAUUUAUACUACUUCUUGUAUCAUGUUGUGUCCAUUAAGACUGAUAUCAUUGUUAAGUUGAACAGUUUUUUUUUUUUUUUACCAAACCAUAAAGAUGUAUGCAUUUUAAUGUCUCCUGCUCACUUGCUUUGUGUUGC